AUGAAAUGCUGUUUUACAGGUUUGAUGUUUUUUUAAAUAAUUUAAAAAAUAGGGUGUGAACAGUCAGAUAAUGCAUAUAAGGGCCAGUCCUUCCCGAAUCAGAUCAUCCUUCUCCAUCUUUGUUUUCACUGGUCUAACUCCCUAUCUGAACCUAAAGUCAUCAUGUCCCAGCUGCAGGCCACAAUGAUAUCGCUCAUUGACGUAUUUAGACAAUACGCUGGCACUGAUAAAGACGCAAACACUCUUUCCAAGGGAGAGCUAAAGAAGCUUCUCACCAAAGAGAUGGGACCCAUGUUUGAGGACUGCAAGGAUCAAGUAUCCCUAGACAAGCUGUUCAAGGACCUAGACAGUAAUGCUGAUGGUACUGUGGACUUCAAAGAGUUCGUCAACAUGGUGACCUGCAUUACCAUUUUGUGCCACGAACAACUUUCAGCAAAGAAGUGAUCAAUUGGGACUGACCCUUAACAGCCAAAAUGCAUGAAGCAGAUAAACAUUUGAAAUAAAGUAUUUUAAUUUGUUUUAA